AACCUACGCGUGCCAACAGCUGUUUUUUGUUGCGACAGCUUUCUUUAGUUAUCAUACGCAAUUUGUUUAAGUAAACAUAUGACGAUUUGCUCCAUAACAGCGCGACCGGCAUAACAAUAAACCAACGAGAGCUUUAAGCACAAGCUUAAGCUACUGCAAUAAAGCACACACACAAAAAUACACAUACAAGCGAAGGCAAGCGCACGCACGCCUCGUAAGUGAAUUGUUAUUGCAGCCGAACCCAAAUUCCUCUUCCCUCUGCGCGAUUUGACGAACUUUAGUGAAAUGCGAAUCGCAAGUGUCAGUCUGCUCUCAGCUUUCGUUCGGCUACCUUCGUUGAUACGCGCUAGCGCCACAGCUAAACUACCUGCCUCCGCUCCAAUUAAAAGCUACUGCGCAGCUAUUUCACCACGAUCGCUGCACAGUCAAUCAACUGUAAUGAGUCUGCCCGAGCGUAAACCCUUCUCAGCGGAUUUCUUCUUUCGGCAACUGUUCGACACUGAGAGCAGCACCUAUAGCUACCUCCUGGCCGAUACUAGCUCCGGCGAGGCCGUCAUCAUUGAUCCCGUGCUGGAGCAGGCUAAGCGCGAUGCACAGCUUGUAAAAGAUCUCGGCUUCAAGCUGAAAUACGCGAUAAACACACACAUGCACGCCGACCACAUUACGGGCAGCGGCUGGCUGCGUCAGCUAACGGGCUGUCAGUCGGUGAUUGCAGCGGCCAGUGGAGCCAAGGCGGAUCGGCAUAUCGCGGAGGGGGAUCGCAUCGAUUUCGGCCGACACUCGAUCGAUACGCUGGCCACGCCCGGCCACACCAAUGGCUGCAUGAGCUACGUCAUCAAGGAGCAGGGCUGUGUGUUCACCGGAGACACGCUGCUGAUCCGUGGUUGCGGGCGCACCGAUUUCCAAGAGGGCAGUCCCAAGAGUCUCUAUGAGAAUGUGCACGCCAAGAUCUUUAGCUUGCCGGAAAACUUUCGCAUCUAUCCGGCGCACGACUACAAAGGUCAGCUCGAGAGCAGCGUGUGGGAGGAGAAGCGCUACAAUCCGCGCCUCACCAAGUCCCUCGAACAAUUCAUCGAAAUCAUGGAAAAUCUCAAUUUGCCGUAUCCCAAGAAAAUCGAUGCUUCGCUGCCAGCCAACCGGGAGUGUGGUGUAUACGAUAUACCCAAGGAGUAGUACU